AUGGAGUACGCAACAGGCGCCGGAUUGAAUACGUGUAAAUGCUGUUUGCCAAAUACUCGGCGAGACCUUUUGAAGGAUAUUCAGAAUUGGAUCAGUAGCACCGAGGAGGGCGCUCCACGCGUAUUAUGGUUGUCUGGCACAGCAGGCAAGGGUAAAUCGGCCGUUGCCCAUACAAUAGCCAACUGGUAUAUCGAAAACGGUGGUCUUGGCUCAUGUUUCUGCUUCGAUCGCACUCGGCAAGCGGAUCGGCGUCAAGACAAAAUAUUCACGACCAUCGCAAGAGAAUUAGCGGACUGCAACCCUAUCGUGCGACGAGCCUUGGCGCAAGCAGUUCGUGAUCACGACGGACUCAAGCGCACUCUAGAUAUCACAAAACAGUGGCAGGAACUCAUCAUUGGGCCGACGAGCAUAGCCUCAAAAGCCAUUGCUGCACCCGUGCUCAUUGUCAUCGAUGCGUUGGAUGAGAGCGGUGAAGCUGAUUCUCGGGAACAGAUUCUUCGUCUACUCGCUGGCAAACUGAACAGUUCAACCUCACAACUAGUUGAACUUCCAACCAACUUCCGCAUUCUCCUCAUUUCCUGUCCACUUGAAGACAUUCAUAACACUCUGCAUGCUGCACCACAUGUUCGCCACGUUUCCUUGGAUGAUGUCUCGUCUUUGUCUACAGAACUCGACAUUCAGCUUUAUAUCUCCCACAAGCUGGAAGACCUGCGUCACGUCUUGAGCGAUGUACACUUUAAGGCGCUCGCUCUGAAAUCAGAUGGCCUGUUUGAAUGGGCCCGUCUCGCCUGUGAGUACAUCAAGGGUACGAACAAAGUGGGCGUGGGUCCGGUGGGCCAUUACAAAGCUAUGAUUGCAGGAACAUCUGAAAAAGGAACGCGUCUGUUGGAUAUUAUGUAUGCACGCAUCUUGGGAGAAAUCAUGCCGGAGGACGAGCGCAGAGAAGCUAUCCCGGUGUUUUGCUCAGUGAUGGGGCAAAUCCUUGCCUCGUUGGAACCCCUGCCCAUGCCUGCGUUGACGGCCAUGCGACUCCAUUUUCUCGAAGGGACUUGCGAUUACGAAGUGGGCCGGGUCCUUGGGCCACUGGGGUCCCUUUUGACUGGCACUUCGGACUCCCAUACUCCCAUACGUCCCCUCCACGCAUCCUUCUAUGACUUUCUCACAGACAAAUCGCGGAGCCAUGGCUUCUUCAUUGAUGCCUCAUCAAUACACAAUGAUCUUGCCUUUGCUUCACUUCGAGUCAUGGAGGGUGGACUUCGCUUCAACAUAUGCUCCUUAGAGAGUUCUUACUUACCUAACUCAUCUGUCCCUGAAUUGGAGAAACGAGUGAAGGAUUCUAUUUCAACUGAAUUAUCAUACUCAUGUCGAUUCUGGGGCACACAUGUUGGCUCCGUGUCCUUCGAGUUGUCGCUCGCCAAGGAAGUUGAAGCUUUCUUCGAUGAAGAGCGCCUUCUUUGGUGGUUGGAAGCGCUGGCCCUGAUGAAGGGCCUUGGUGGCUCGGUAGUGACCCUCUCGUCUGUUGCAGAUUGGUUUUCGGUGCGUAGUUCAAGUUUGUUCUUUUCUCAAUGA